AAGAAAUGCCAUAAAAGGAGUCGAAUAAACAUUAGGACGUGACAAAAAAAGUUUUCGGCAAAGAAUUAAUAAGAAAUAUGCAUGAUGCGAUUUAUUUAAUCUUCAUUCAGAACUUUGUUCUUGGUUUAUUUAUAACUGGUUCAAUGCUGGUUCAGUGUGCAGGUGGGAAGAAAAAGAAAGGAAAUCGUAGAAUGGACGACGAUGAUGCUGAUGAAAAGAUUACUCCAGACUCAAGAAAACCUGUAACGUUGGACAAGAAAACCUGUAACGUUGAUGAUGAAGGUUAUAUUGUGAACGAAAAAGACAAUGAUAGUCUUCGAACUCUUCGAUAUCUCGACCACUUCAAACCACCACAAACCUGAAUUUACCGUGAAUAUUUUAAUGAGAUAAAGAUAUAGCCUUUAAAACUCGAAUAAAGUAUUUUCUGGAUU